CCCUCCCUACCCGACCCAUCUGCUAAACCGGACCCAUCCCUUCCCCUUCUAACCCAUCAACUAAGCCCUAAUCGUAUAACUCCACCAUUCCAAAAAAUUAACUUUCUAGCGCCGCUAGGGUUUCGUUGGUGGAGAUCUUCGAUUUCAAGUACAAGUUUUAUCAUUUUCUAUGCUACAUACCGAUUUAUCAGUCAAUGUAAGUCUAUAUCUUCAUUUAUUUACGCUUUUUAGAUAUGUUAGGAUUAUGUGGGGAUUUUGUUAUGUAUGCCAAAAUCGAAUGAAAUAUGUUAUUUAGCUUUUUUAUGCCUUUGUAUGGUUUGUAUUUGUUGUAUAUGUGUGAUCCCGUGAUGUUGGUAGUUUUUCAAGGUUUGGUUGUGGCUGCCAUAAAUGAAUGAAGUCCAUUAUUUAAUGUUAAAGAUUAUGCUCUCUAUGCCUUUGUAGGGUCUGUUCUUUCCCUUGUUUUUGGGUGGUCCUGAUAUGAUGUUAGUAUUUUAGGGUGUUGUUUAUUCCAUUUGUGUAGCUUUCAAUGCGAUGAUUGAUGAUGUUGGUAUUGUGUUCAAUUAUGGGGGUAGUUGGGUCUUUUCACCUGAGUUGGUAUACAUUAAAAAACUGGUGCACUUGUGGCUUUCUUUUGACCCUGAUUUGCUGAGUCAUAAGGAUGUAUGUGAUGAGUUUACUUCCAAGCUAGGGUUUUCUCAAGUUAAACAAUUGCUAGUGACUAGGCCCUCUGGUAAGUAUUAUAUAGUUGAUGGGGAUGAUGGUAUUAGGGCCAUCCUUAGCCUAGUGUGUGAGGAAUAUAAAGUCAUCAACUUCUUUGCUGUGUUAGAGGGUGAAGAGACAGUCUUUGCUCAACAGGUCACACACCAUACUGAAACUUACCUUGUAGAUGUGGGGGUUGGGACAGACUGUGAACAUAGUCUUGGUUCUGUUGAUGAAUGGGAUCUCUCUGAGGAUAAGGAGUAUGAUUUUGAGGGACUAUAGGCUAUUAACAAGGAAAUAGUAAGGUUAGUAGGUGAUAGGUUGGAAAACUGCAAUGAGUUGGAAGUUGGCAUGUCAUUUAAGGACAUGGAAGAAGGCAGGCAGGUUGUGAACUAUUAUGCAUUAGCUAACAAAAGGGCUUUGACAAUAAUUAAGGCUGAUACUAGUAGAACUAGGUAUCAUUGUGAAGAGGGGUGUCCUUUUAGGUGUUUGAUUUCAGAAGAUGCUAAAAGUAAAGGGUUCAUGAUCAAAACUUUGAUCAAACAACACACAUGUGAUGAGGCCUUUUUGAAUCCUAGGGUUGAUGCAACCACUUUGGCUCAAUAUUUUAAGAACAAGCUUCAAAAUAACCCUAAGUACAAGGUCAAAGACAUGAGAGGAGAGCUUGAAACUAGUUUAAAAUUGAAUGUGUCCCAAUCCAAUUUUUAAAAGGGCUAAUUAUAUGAUUCUUGAGAAGUUGGAGGGUAGUUUUAUAGAUGACUACAACAAGCUUGAGGCCUAUGGGCAAGAGCUUAGACAGUCUAAUCCCGAAAGUGAUGUAGUGAUAAAUAUCUCCAAAGAUGCUCUAGAAGAAGGAAAAAGGAAAUCCUUGAGGAUGUACUUGUGCUUUAAUGCUUUGAAGAAAGGCUGGAAAUCUGGAUUGAGGCCACUAAUUGGCCUUGAUGGUACAUUCUUGAAAGGUAGAGUUAAGGGCAUCUUGUUGGUUGCACUUGGACAAGAUUCUAUGAACCAUUUCUUUCCAUUAGCUUGGGCAAUAGUGGACAAAGAAACCAGCAGGACAUGGAGCUGGUUUUGUGAGCUACUGAAGAGGUCCUUGGACCUUAAAGAAGGUAUUGGGAUCACAUUCAUUUCAGAUAUGCAAAAGGGAUUGGUAGAUGCUAUUGACAAAAUUCUGCCUGAAGCUAAUCACAGGUUUUGUGUAAGGCAUAUUGAGAGUAAUUGGUGAAAAAAAUGGAGGAGUGGUCAAAUGAGGAAACUUAUUUGGUGGUGUGCAUGGAGUACAUAUGAUG